AUGUCCAGGCGAGAAGGUGCACCGCCCGCCGAUAUGGGUCAUGCGACAGGCUUCGUACAGAACGGCAAGCUAACUUAUUUGCCUCCUCCAGCUGGCCGCUACCUCCCCGAGUACCACGAAGCCAAGGGCAACCGCGACUUUUUCGAGUGCUGCCGCGACCCGGAAAUCGCCUCCGCGAUUACCAUCCAACCCAUUGACCGAUAUGAAGGCCUCAUCGAUGCCGCGAUUAUCUUCUCGGACAUCCUCGUCAUCCCGCAAGCCAUGGGCAUGACCGUCGAGAUGGUCGACAAGAAAGGUCCCCAUUUCCCCGAGCCCCUCCGCUCCCCCACCGACGGACAGUAUGAGAAGGUCAUGGCGCGCGAUGUGGAUGUCAAGGCCGAGCUGGACUACGUGUACAAGGCCAUCACGCUCACGCGAACAAAGCUCAAUGGACGCGUUCCGCUGAUCGGAUUCUGCGGCGCCCCGUGGACGCUGCUUUGCUACAUGGUUGAGGGUGGCGGCAGUAAGAUGUUUAUCCAGAGCAAGACCUGGGUUUACAGAUAUCCCAAGGAGUCACAGGUGCUGCUGCAGAAGAUCGCCGAGAUAUGCGUUGAGUACCUGGCGCUCCAGGUUGCUGCUGGUGCCCAGCUUGUCCAGGUGUUCGACUCGUGGGCUGGGGAGCUGUCGCCCGCGUCGUUCAAGGACUUCUCGCUGCCGUACCUGAGACAUAUCUCGGCAAACCUGCCCCGGAGGCUGAAGGAGAUGGGACUCGAGCCGGUGCCGAUGACGGUCUUCGCCAAAGGCGCCUGGUAUGCUCUUGAGGAUCUCUGCGAGUCGGGAUACAAUGUUGUUGGGCUGGACUGGCUGCAUGACCCGGCUGAGGCUUUCAAGAUCGCCAACGGGCGGGUUACGAUUCAGGGCAAUGCGGACCCCGGUGUUCUCUAUGGAGGCCGCGAGGCUAUUACGCAGGCUGUCGAGACUAUGGUUGCUGGAUUCAAGAAGGGCAAGCAAGGAUGGAUUGCCAACUUGGGUCAUGGCGUGACUCCUUUCGUCAAGCCGGACGAUCUCAAAUUCUACUUUGAGGAAAUCCACCGGCUGACAGCCGACUAA